AUGUCUUCAAGAGAGGAAUACGACUACACCCAACACACCACCCCGAAUACCCGGGAGAAGUACUCUUUCCUCUACCCUACGUCAGGUGCCUCCUCCCAGGACGUCGAGUUCUUAGAUCGGCACCGCGAGAAUGUCUCCAUUCCUCCAGAUAACUAUUCCAGGCACAUGGCAGAGAAGCAAGCUGCAAGCAAAGACAACGAUCGAGCUGCGAGGGAUCGUGAAGCGGCUGGCUCAGAGGGCAGGGACUGGGGAUAUGGUAGUUCGGACUCCAGGCAUUGGGACUCGAAGCGCAAUCACUAG